UGGCAAUGAAAGGAUUAAAAGCAUAACAUUUCAUAUCAUUUGACAGUCCGCACAGGUCACAGGAUAUGGGACACGACAGAGGACUCUGCGCCUAAGCUGAUUGUGUUUUGAUAAGACUCUCUACAGAACAAACUAACCAACCAGGCAACCCACGACUAGACGAGCAGACGACACAAAAAGGGCACCAGAACAACGAGGACAACCAGGACACGUGCUCGACACCAAUAACGGGCUACUGGUCACUGUUGUCCACUCUCUGCUGACCAGCUGGGAAUACGUCACCAACGAGAAGAACCAAGCCACCAGCAGCAGCACCAGUUGGUCAAAGGAGUAAUAGUGGGAGGAAUAGGUAGCCAAGGGCGAGGAGUGGCUAAUAAAAAAGCUAACGAAAGUCCAGCAGAGUCAGAUGCGAAAAUGCUGAUGCCGCUUGCAGUCGACAGGCGAAUCCAGCAGCAACAACAACAACAAGAGAAACAACCGCAACAAAAACAAAACUGGAAAAGUUGAACCCUGUGUGCAAAAGGGGAGAGUCGACAGCUGAGGAGAAGGGGGAGUCAGAGGCAGCUGCAGCGGCUGAAAAGUUCCAAAUUUUGGCAGACUGAAUCCUCAUCGCUUUGUGGCCGCAUCCGGAACUACAAAAUUGUGCCCCCAGCGGAAGUCUCCUUCCCAUUGCUCAGUCCUUAUUUCCUGCGCCUGUGCAUCCUGAACGCUUCAAUUGCCACACACUGAAAUUGGCUGUCAUACAGCCAAAGGGGAAGACAGUUCCACCAGAAGAAAGGGGGUUCCAUUGAAAUGAGCCCCAAUUGUGGCGACACAUGCUCUGACAAGUUAUUAAUUCAACGUCUGGCGCGCAGAUAAGCAUACCCAGACACCAUAUCAGGAGAAGAAGUUGCAGAUCCCCACUUACCCACUAUGGCCACCAAUCGCUACUUCCUGCUGCAGUGGGUCUGGAUCUCGCUGCUCACUUGUCAUCUGAAUUCGGUCAGCGCAUAUCUCAACAUUUUCAUCAGCCACCAUGAAGUGAUGAAACUGAUGGGGCUGGAGGCGGAUUUGUUCUACGUUCACGAGGGAGCCAUUAACACAUACGCGAUGCACUUCACCGUCCCCGUCCCGGCAGAUGUGCACGAGCUGGAGUUCUCCUGGCAAAGUCUCAUCGCUUAUCCAUUGCGCUACACAAUCAGCAUCGAGUACGCCAACGACCAGGACGCACUGGGCACACCCACGCUGAGCAUUCCACACAAGGGCCUGGUGCCGCAGGAGAUCGAGUCCUUCUUGGUUUACCUGCCCUGCACGGGCAAUGCCAGCCUCCAAUUGCCUGUGAAUGUCAACAUGGUAGUGCAAGGACCUCCCCGCUUCAACGAUACCCGGCUCCACUUCAAGCGCAACAAGAUCUGUGCCAAAGGCAUCUCACCAGAGCCGAACCAGUCGCCAGCCCCAGCACACGCCCCUUCCCAGGGACCCGCUCUGAUGAGCGCCGCUGCUUGUGCUUUGGGUCUGGUCCUCGCCGUAGGCCUCGUAGCUAGCAUGAUGUAUGUGCGAGCUCGCAAACAGCUGCGCCAGGACUCGCUGCAUACCAGCUUCACUACAGCAGGUUAUGGCAGUCAUCAGAACGUAUUUAUUCGCCUUGAUCCUCUCGGACGACCGCCGAGUGCCACCGGCUCCUACGCGACCAUCGCCAGCCUCAACAAAUAUCCGGUGGAAACCAAAAAGUCGUGCAGCAUAUUUGACCGUUUCCGCAGCUCGCCCACGCCCACACCCUAUGCCACCGCCCUGCUACCAAUGGGCGACCAGACCGGCGAGACCAUUUACUCGAAGCCAGAAUCGGUCUGUCCCUCGAGGAUAUCCUACUACACCUCCUCGCAGCUAACACAGGUCUGCAGUAUGACGACCCCAAAGAGCAGUCGUGGCAAUGUGAGUGGCAGCCUCUUUGGUGGCAUUGCCACCGGCAGCACCAUCACUAUGGCCAGUCACGGUCAUGGGGACAAGACCAAGGAGCGUCUGCGUCGUAUUCCCAGCGUACAGCCGGGCGCCUUGAGCUACGAGCAGCUGAUUAAGGAGGGCACCUUCGGUCGCAUCUAUGCGGGCAAGCUGGGGGAGACAUGCGAUGCGCUGGUCAAGACGGUAAUCGAUGGUGCCUCGUUGACGCAGGUGGCCUGCCUGCUGCAGGAUGCCUCGCUGCUGAUUGGCGUCAGUCAUCAGCACAUACUGGCGCCCUUGUUGGCCAAUACGGAGCUGCCCGGUCCGCCAGAGAUUGCAUAUCCCUAUCCGUCCAAGGGUAAUCUGAAGAUCUACUUGCAAAAGUCGAGGGAGUCGAGCACAGCGCUGAGCACUCGCCAACUGGUCGAGUUCGGACUGCAUAUAACCAAGGCGUUGGCCUAUCUCCAUUCGCUGGGCAUUGUGCACAAGGAUCUGGCCACACGUAACUGCUACGUGGAUGAGGAGGCGUAUGUGAAGAUUUGCGAUAGCGCACUUUCGCGAGAUCUCUUUCCGGAUGACUACGACUGCCUGGGCGACAACGAGAAUCGUCCGUUGAAGUGGCUGUCGCUGGAGUCAUUGCAGAAGAAGGUCUACACCACACAGGGUGACGUUUGGGCACUGGGCGUACUCUACUGGGAGCUGGUGACACUCGCCCAGAUGCCGCACGAGGAGGUGGACAUAUUUGAGCUUACCAAUUACUUGGCUGCCGGCUACCGCCUGGAGCAGCCCGUCAACUGUCCGGAUGAAUUUUUUACGGUUAUGAACUGCUGCUGGCACUGCGAGCCAAAACAGCGUCCGACACCUUCCCAGCUGUUGUCCUAUCUGCAGGACUUUCACGUUGAUCUGGGCAUGUAUAUCUAAGGAUGAUGAACUGACUCAAAGAGCACUGCAGGUCAAUCAUUCAUGUGGAUAGUGGUUGCAGCUGGGCAAUUUACUGAAUGCAAUAAAUGCAUAAGCGAGAUACUUAAGUAAGAUAAAUUUAAUUGAAAACUUUUGCAUUUUAAAUGUGAGAAUUUAAUGUGAAUUACCUGUUAACAAUUUCUCUGGCGUGUGUAACCUUUGAAUGUAUGUAUGUUUGUGUACAUAUAUAUAAAUAUUAUAUAGUGACGUAUUGUCUAAGUAAAUAUUAAGGCGUUUAAGUGGCACGAAUCCAAUUAAAUCAAAACCAAUUGCAGACAAUUGCACUUCAAAAUACGCAAAUAUACCAAUACAGCAGUGUUCCCAAAAACGUUAUCUCCUCGUCUAAAAUCGAAUAACUUUCCCAUAGUCCUUGUUGUAUGGAAAGUGUCUAUGAGGCAGCUCAAUAAUUCGCCUUGUAAUCGAAGCGAAAGCGUUCUUUGGAACACAUUGGUACCCAGUAAGUCCAGUUGGGUAUUUAAGUAGCUAGAAAUUGAGUACACAUAAGAACACAUGCUUAUAUAAUAGUAUAUGUAUACACUUCAGAUUGCGAUAUGCAAAGUUAAAUUAAAGAUAAACGAUUGUGAAUUAAUGGAGAGUGCAUAUUUUAUUGAAUGUGUAUAAGAAAAGAGAAAAGUAGACACACAAACAGAGAGAGAGAGAGAGCGAGCGUGAAUGAAAGAGAGAAAGUAGAAGGCGAAGAAUUAGAAUUGAAUGUGCGACAACAAAAUACGGAAUCUUUUGUUCUCAAAUGUUGUCCUCAAUUGUUAUGAAACGAUAUAUUUAUAUUUAUUUAUUUACCAACGAGCAUUUUUUUAUUACA